CAGUUGUCAAGUGAAACAAAAGUCCAUCGCAACAUUAACAACAAAGUCGCUAACAGUGGAAAGGUGUAGAAAUAAUUUGCCGCAUCGAAAUGGGUGAUUUUGUUCAAAUAAACGUAUCAAACAAUCAAAAUGACGUGAUUAGCUUUGAGAAAAAGUUCCCGAGGGACAUGAAAAUUGCCGAAUUAAAGCUCAAAUUGGAAAUUAUAACGGGAGCCGGUGCUGGCACAAUGCAAUUGCAGUUAUUCAAUGGUGAUACGUUGAUAACACAGUUGAACGAUGAUGAAAAAGAGCUCGGUUCGUAUCCCAUUGAGAAUAACAUGCGAAUUCACGUUGUGGACAAUUUCCAACGUUUUAUUGGCGAUGAAAGUGUCGAAAAAUUUGAUUUAACCGACAAUCAAUACGAACAGCGUCGCAACACCGUACGAGAUUAUCUCAAAUCAAAUCGAUUGGGUAAAUACAACGAGGAAGAAAUGAAAGCCAUUAAAGAGCGAAGAAAGGAAGAGGAACUCGAGCAAGAGAAGAAAGCUGCUUCGAUUAACAUUGGCGACCGAUGUUUGGUUACAGCAAAGGGACCUCGUCGUCUUGGUACGGUCAGAUACAAAGGUGCAUUCCAUAUGAAACCGGGCAUUUUUAUUGGUGUUGAAUACGACGAACCGCUCGGAAUGCAUAAUGGAACUGUUGAUGACAACAAGUAUUUCGAAUGUCAAAUGAAAUAUGGGAGUAUGGUACCCAUUGCAGCUGUUGAAGUCGGCGAUUUCCCACGAGAAAACGACGGACUCGACGACGACGAGGAAAUCUAAAUGCACAACUUUGAGCUUUGAAUGUGAUUUUGAAACAAAUGAGCAAAACUAAUUGGGUUUUUCUUUACUCUUUUCUUUAAUUAUGAAUUCUUUCUUAAAAUUUGCUACAAAUAAAUUUUUUUUCACCUUA